CGGAAAUUAGGAGCUCCAGGCGGUUUGACGAGCAGCACAGUGAAGCUCAAAGGUCUUCAGGACACGGAGUAGCAGAAGCCGCCAACCUCUCCGGCUUGAAUUCACUCAGCGCGGUAUUGCAAUGACGGAAGCAGAUUUAUAUGAUGAGUAUAAAGGGGUUUAUGUGCCCAAACACUUGCACCCCGCAGACAGUCUGAAGUAUUAUGAGGAGUUUACAUUUCGAGAAGACGACGCCCUUAUCGUCACAUAUCCCAAAUCCGGCACAACAUGGAUGCAGGAGAUUGUACCUCUGAUAUUCAGUGAGGGAGAUCUCUCACCAGUGCACACUAUACCAAACUGGGACCGAGUUCCAUGGCUGGAAGAGCACCGUGCUAAAAUCCUCAAUCUGGAGCAAAGGCCCUCUCCACGCGUCUUUGCAACCCACUUCCAUCAUUACAUGAUGAACGACUCCUAUUUCAACGUCAAGCCCAAAGUCAUUUAUGUAAUGCGAAAUCCUAAGGACAUCUUUACAUCCUCCUUCCACUACUAUGGAAUGGCUUCUUAUCUGGUCAAUCCCGGCACCGCUGAUGAAUUUCUGGAAAAGUUUCUGAAUGGAAAAAUAAUGUUUGGCUCUUGGUUUGAGCAUGUAAAGGGCUGGCUCAAGGCAAAAGACCAAGAAAACAUUUUUUACAUUUCAUAUGAGGAGAUGAUACAAGAUUUAAAAGGCUGUGUCACGAAAUUCUCCCAGUUUCUGGGAAAGCCUCUGAGUCCAGAAGUGAUUGAUAAAAUAGCCGAGAAUUGUUUGUUCAAGAACAUGAAGCAGAACAAGAUGUCCAAUUAUUCCCUGGUUCCAGAAGAGUUCAUGGAUCAAAAGAAAUCUGAGUUUCUCAGGAAAGGAAUAGCUGGUGACUGGAGGAACCUUUUUACUGAGGCCCAGACUGAGAAAUUUAAUACAGUUUACAAAGAGAAAAUGAAAGAUGUUGUGUACAAAUUUGCAUGGGAUUGACAGACUCACCAUUACAAAGAAUUUAGGUAAAAAUUAUUUUGCUUAAUAUUAUUAAAUGUUUAUGAUAACUCAGUAAAACUAAUCACAAAUUAUGGUUAAGGACAGAGUCACUAUUACUACUUUUUAUGAGAAGACUUUUGUCCAUUUGUGUUAGUGAAAAUAACUACUUCUCUUCAUAUCUAUUCAUUACACAUUUAUGUAAUUUAUAUGUUGAUUAAACAUUUUACUACAAAUAAAGAAAUCAAGCAUAUCCUUUUAUUUAUAGCGUAACAUUCUACGCUAUACCGGUGAGGCCACUCACGCCAUUAGUUUAAUAGGGAAAAUAUAGCAACAUUAUACUUAUAUAGUAGUUUGGCUUAUUAACUUGGACAUAAAUAAUUUACCUUGUUUAUGUGACUUAAUGACCAUAUUAAUUUAUGGCCAUGACGUAUUAUUAUUAAGUCAGUAAGGUAUGUCAGUAAACAUGAUUUUUUUUUUCCCCUAAUCAUUUGUUUUAGAUAAAACCUAUAAAUUAGACAUUUUCUUAAAUAAAUUAAAUCAAUAUAAAGUCUAAAAACAUACUCACAUACCAGUCAUUCUUGAGAACUGGGACAAAACAUGUCCAGCACAUAAUAUUGUGGUAUUCUGUAAAAUUCUGAAAUAAUUCAUAUUUUGAGUAUGAUCAAUUUUAUAAGCUGAAUUAACUUAGCAAAAAAAAGGUUUUUCUAUUCUAAUUAAAUUUUAUUUGAUAAAGUGUCCGCACUAGACCUGAGACUGUCUUUUUCCAGAAAAAGGGUUCACAUUUUAAAUGGCUAAAAGACUAAAAUAUAUAUUUUUAAAAAUUAAAUUUUUUUAUUUGUUAAAUUUGUGUCCUGAGUUUCUCUUAAGACCAUCAGACAUUUCUAAAAAAUAAAUAAAGUCUUUUGGUCAAACGAAACUACAAAGACCCCAUUAUGACUUUCUGUUUGUUCUAUAACCUAUUCUGUAGGUAUUACCUGUUCUAUAACUUAUGACGUUCUUGUAUGUUUGUUCUUUUUUUUUUUUUUUUUUUACAUUUUAAAGAUUACUGCUUUGGUCACAACCAUAAAAUGUCAACAAAGUUAAAUUAAGUAAAAUUUAUAAAUUUCAAACACAUUAAAUAUGUAUCUAGCAAAUUUUGGAAAAACAAACUGGCUCCCAGAUACUGUACAUAAUCAAAAGUUAGCUAGCAUGAUGUGGAAUUGUGGACGUCCGUCAGGAAAUUCAUCUGACGGUGGUGACUUAUUGUGUGACAGUGUUGACAAAUACAUGAAAAUUAUGUUUUUUUUUUCACUAAAUAAAAAUCCUUUUACAUUUUCUUAAGCAAUGGCAAGACAGCAGUUGUCAGUGAAAGAGCGAAAGAGAAGGAAUAAGGAGAAGAGAAGAGAAUACUAAAGAAAGAAAAGAGCAAGAUUUAUAGAGACCCUGAACAGAGGGAUGAGGAGGGAAAAGUGGAGGGAAAGAUGGAAUAACAGGAUAAAAUAAGGAAAAAUACAAAACACAAGUGAUCUAAAUAGAAGAAAAAAGAGGCAUAAAAGAAGGGCUUGGAAAUAUUCUCAGAGAAAGUUAAGAGAGAACAGAAAAAGGAAGGGCUGCACCAACUCAACACUCCUUACAACACACUACAACUCAACACAUUACAACCGCCAUUAAAGUUAUAUUGUGUUAGCCUUUUUUAAUUUUAAAUAAUUAUUUUGAUUUUUAUUGUGACCUGUUUCUCUAGUUAAGACACAUUUUCAUUCCGUUUUUUUUUCCUGUUCGAUGUAAAUACGUAUACACAACAGGUAUACAAGUUGACUGUCUCUUCUUGUCUAAAGCUUUUGAUUGUACUGUUGGCACUGGGUUAACAUGCAUAUGACAAUACAAAUAACCAACUAAAAGUGUUAAAUGCUGCAUAAAUAUUUAUAAUAAAAUUUUAUAGUUGUGUAACACC